UGUAUUUCUAGAGUUUGAUAGCUAUUGAAAAAAAUUAGAUUACAUAAAAAAUAUCGAGAUUCAAGUUAUUCUCAUUAAUGAAGUAUCUAGGAUAUAAUUGCAAAAAAAAAAACAUAUAUAAAAUUAAAGGUGUAGAAAUUCUUGAGCUUCACAGUGUUCAAUUAUCAAAGAAUGGUCUUAAAAAUUUGAGCUCCUGACUUCCUGGGAUCAAAAUGGAGAACAGAUUAUCUUGACGGGCAACUGCUGAAAAAGAAGUUGAAGAUUGCAUCGAAGAUGGUGAAACAUCGGUUGAGGGAGUCUAUAAAAUCUCUAUUUGGAAGCCACAUAGACCCUGAAAAAGAAGAGCAGCUGCAAGGAGCUAAAACAGGUACAUUUUUAAAACAAGAUCACACCGAGCCGCCGCCAUGACAACUGAAAUAAGAUAUCAUGAAAUAUAAUGAUGACUAAUUUGUUAAUUAUUUGUGUAUCACUUUGUGAUGAUGAUGUAACAAGUGAUUUUCUUCUCUUCCUUUCCUACAGAAAUUCAAGACAAAGUGAAAAGGAUGUUCAAACUUGUUAAAGAUGGAAAUCUUGAAGAAGAUGGCACCUCACUAGAACUUUCUAAGAAGGAAUCACUUCUUAAAUUGAUCGAGGAUUUCCACAAUCAAUACCAAACACUCCAUGCAAAAUAUGAUCAUCUAACGGGUGAAUUGAGGAAAAAUAUUAAUGGCAAGCGAGAAAAAAGAAGUUCUUCAUCCUGCUCAGACUCAGACUCAGAUUCAGAUUACUCUUCAAGGGACAAAGACAGCAAAAAUGGACGACUGGAAAAUGAAUUUCAAAUGGUAAUUGAUGGCAUAAAGCAAGAACUUGAAAUGGCGCAAAUAGAAGUUACUGAAUUGAAUCGAAAGUUGACAAUUACAUGUGAAGAGAAAGAUGAUCUAAAUUCAAAAUAUCUUGCAGCAUUGAGCAUGAUACAAUCAGCAGACAAAAUAAAAAUGAUUUUGAAGACCGAUGCUGAAGCAUUAGGUAUUCAAAGAUCAAAACUUUUGGUUGAGAACGAUGAACUAAAGAAGCAACUGGACACUGCUGUCAAGAUGGAAGCUGAACUGAAUCAAAGGUUGGAGAACUUGAAGAGAGAAAAAGAUAAUUUGACCUCAGAGAAAGAAACAGCUUUCCUACGGAUUGAGGAGGAGCGAAAGAUUACAGAUAGCCUGAAAACCAUGGCUGAUCAACUGAAAGAUGAGAAAUUAGCCCUCGGAAAAGAAUUACAAGUUGUUACAGGGGAACUUUCCAUUCUCAAGCAGAGGUUGGAACAUGCAGAACAGCAUACGACAAAUAUAAGGCACAAUCUGAAGGUUGCUGAGGAAGAAAAUGAAUCUUUAAAGUUGAGACUUUCACAGGUUUCAAAUGAGAUUCUGCUGGCUCACGACAGAAUAGAAGAACUUAUAACUGAAUCAACUCAGCUAAAGGAGAAACUGGAUGAGAGAGAAAGGGAAGUUUCAACCCUCACUCGGAUGCAUGAAGGGUAUGAAAAUGAAUCCUCAAAUCAAAUCAAGGCACUAGAGGCCCAAGUCACAGACCUGGAGCUGGAAUUGGAAUCACUGCAAUCCCAGAAAAGAGACAUGGAAGAGAAAAUUAAGUGUAGCACAACCGAAGCCAGGGAACUAGGAGAGCACAAUUCAGGGCUUCAAAACCAAAUAUCAGAACUUGAAGUGAAGUUCAAUGAAAGAGAACAGGAACUAUCUGCUCUCAUGAAGAAACUUGAAAACAAUGAGAUUGAGUCAUCGUCUAAAAUAGCAGAUUUGACAUCUCAGAUAAACAAUCUGCUGACUGAUAUGGGUGCACUACAUGCUCAGAAAAAUGAAAUUGAAAAGCAGAUGCUUUUUACAAGUAACGAAGCAUCAACUCGAGUCAAAAGCAUUACAGAUAAGAUCAAUGUAUUGCAGCAGGAAGUGGAGUCCCUACAACACCACAAAUCUGAAUUGGAAAUUCAACUUGAGGAAAAAGUCCAAGAAAAUUCAGAAUAUGUGAUUCAAAUACAGACUCUGAAAGAGGAGGUUGACAGAAAAACCACGGAACAAAAGAGGCUUAUGGAGGACAUGGAAAAUUCAAUCAUGCAGAUAAGGAAUCUGGAACUAGAGAUGAACAUCAUCAAGAACCAGAAGAGUGAAGAUGAAAAGCAAAUAAGGGAUAACAGCAAUAAGAUCAGUCAGCUGGGGGAGGAGAAAUUGGAGCUACACGAGGAAAUAGCUGAAUUGGAGAAAAGAUCAGUAGAGAGAGAGUUCAAGUUCUCUGCUCUCCAGGAUAAACUUAAAGAAGUAGAGGAGUUGGGUUCAGCCCAAAUAAUGGCCUUCACCGAGCAGAUUAACAAUCUUCAACAUGAUUUGCUUUCCCUGCAGAAUGAGAAACAUGAAUUGGCACAACAGUAUGAAUGGCUGAAGUUUGAGGUGGAUUCUUUACAAAGCCACAAGAGCAAAGUUGAGGAGCAAAUGAGAGCUAAAGACAACGAGAAAAGUGAGCUGAGAGAAGAAAUUUUGGAAUUGCAGGGCAAAAUUAUUGUGCUGGAGAAAACAUUAGCAGAGAAAGAGGUCGAGUUAUCUGCUUUACAGGACAAACUUCAUGAAGAAGAGCACAAUGCUUCAGCUCGAACAAUGGCGUUCACAGCCCAAGUUGACAAUCUGCAAAAAGACUUGCUUUCAUUGCAGAAAGAGAAAGAAGAAUUAGCACUCCUCUGUUUAAGAAUUAAGGAAGAACAUGCAGAAAGCCUUGUAAUGGUAGAGAAUGAAAAGAAUGAGUUAGCAAGCAAAUCGAUGGAUCACCGGAGAACGUUGGAAGAACGAGAAGAUGCAUGUCAGAAAUUAAAUGAAGAAUAUACAAAAACUGAUAAUUGGUUUAAGGAAUGCAAGGUGAAACUAGAAGUUACAGAGAAGAAGAUGGAACAAAUGGAAGAAGAGUUUCAUAAAGACAUUGACUCGAAAGACCAAAUGGUAGCUGAUUUGGAACAAACAGCACAAGACCUGAAAAGAGACCUCGAAGAGAAAGGAGAUGAAAUGGGUACUUUGCUUGAGAAUCUCCGCAUGCUUGAAGUUAAGCAUCGUCUGUCAAACCAGAAGCUCCGUGUAACAGAACAGUUGCUAAGCGAGCAAGAAGAGAGCUUUAGAAAAACGGAAGAGCAGUUCCAGAAAGAUCAGACAUCACUUGAAGACAGGAUUGCUACUUUGUCAGCAACAGUAGCAGCUAAAGAUGAAGCUUAUCAGAAAAUUAUCACUAAUAUUGAAGAGAGUGUGAAUAGUGUGAUGACGGGCAUGGAAACUAUUUUCUGGAAAUUUUCUGAUGAGUAUGCAAAUUACGAGAACAAUAUCUCAGACAUCUCACAUGAGCUUCAGAUUGCAAAGAAAUGUGUCAGGGAGAUGAAUAAGGAAAAGGAGCAGUUAAAGAAGGAGAGAAACCAUUUGGUGGAGCAGUUGAAGGAUAAAAAUGAAAAGGAAUUGGCUUUGAGGCAGAUGGUUGAGAAGCUAGAGGUAACAGCAAGGAAGGAAGAAUUAGGGAAGAAGAAUCUGACAACAACUGUAGUUCAACUUGAGAAGACAGUUGGAGAACUGGAAAAACUGAUGAAAGAGAAAGAUGAAGGAAUGUUGUAUUUGGGGGAGGAAAAGAGAGAAGCCAUUAGACAGCUGUGUUUGUGGAUCGAUUAUCAUCAUAGUCGUUAUGACUAUCUCAAGGACAUUUUAUCCAAGACUCGCAGAGACCAGAGAGCCACAUAA